GAAGUCUGAACACGUCAAUUAAAACCUGCACUUGCACUCAACUGAAACUCUCAGAUGCACGCAGUAGCAGCACCCCGCAGCUAGUCCACGAAAAUGGCAGGACAAAACGAGCUGAAGCUGCUCGGAAGCUGGGCGAGCGCCUACGUAACCAGAGUGAAGCUGGCACUCCACCUCAAGAGCGUCACCUAUGAUUACGUCGAGGAGGACCUCCGCAACAAGAGCGACCUCUUGCUGGAGUCCAACCCGGUGCACAAGAAGGUGCCCGUGCUCAUCCACAACGGCAAGCCCAUCUGCGAGUCUCAGAUCAUCGUGGAGUACAUCGAUGAGGUCUUCUCCGGCGACGGCGAAUCCCUCCUCCCCGCCGAUCCCCACGAGCGCGCCGUCGCUCGCUUCUGGGCCGCCUACAUCGAGGACAAGAUACUGACGUCAUGGAAGAAGGUGUUCAGGGCCAAGACGGAGGAGGAGAGGGCCGUGUGGAUGAAGCAGAUGUUCGUCGCGGCGGAAGCUCUGGAGGGAGGACUGGAGGAGUGCUCCAAGGGGAAGGGGUGCUUCUUCGGCGGCGGCAGCGUCGGGUACGUCGACGUCGUGCUGGGCGGGGCCGUCUCCUUCGUGCACGCCAACGACGUGAUCACCGGCGCCAAGCUCUUCGACGCCGCCAGGACGCCGCUCCUGGCGGUGUGGUUGGAGCGGUUCGGCGAGCUCGACGCCGCCAAGGCGGUGCUGCAGGACGUCGAGAGGGCGCUGGAGCACACCAAGAUGGUGUGGGCACGGAAUGCAACCACCGCCGAUUUGGUUAGAAGGAUUCCACGCAACCUGCGUGCGGACUUGGAACAAAUUACCCUGGAACUGCCGAUCGAGCUGGUUGAAUCGAGAUCGAUGGCGGGAGGAGGAGAUGGGCUGAAGCUUCUGGCCACAUGGUUCAGCCCGUUCGCUUCCAGAGUGAAGUUCGUGCUCCAUCUCAAGGGCCUGAGCUACGAGAACAUCGAGGAGGACCUCAAGAACAAGAGCGAGCUCCUCCUGAAGAGCAACCCCGUGCACAAGAAGGUCCCCGUGCUCUUCCACAACGGCAAGCCGCUCUGCGAGUCCAUGGUCAUCGUCGAGUACAUCGAGGAGGCCUUCGCCGGCGUCGGGCCGGCCGUCGUCCCCGCAGACCCCUACGAACGCGCCGUCGCUCGCUUCUGGGUCAACUACAUCGACAACAAGCUAGUGGCGCCGUGGUUCCAGGUGUUCAGGGGCAAGACGAAGGAGGAGAAGGCGGAAGGGCUGAAGCAGAUGUUCGUGGCGGCGGCGGUCCUGGAGGAGGCCUUCAAGGAGUGCUCCAAGGGGAAGCCCUUCUUCGGCGGCGACGCCGUCGGGAUCGUCGACGUCGCGCUCGGAAGCCAGCUCGGGUGGCUGCGCGCGUCGGAGGCGCUGUCCGGCAUCAAGCUCUUCGACCCGGCCAAGAUGCCGCUCCUGCUGGCGUGGGCGGAGCGCUUCACCGCGCUGGACGCCGCGAAGGCGUCCAUGCCGGAGUCCGGCAGGCUGCUCGCGUACGCCAAGAUGAGGCAGACCGAGACCGAUGCCGCGAAUGCCAGCAAAUGAUUACUGAAUACCGACGGCUGGCUGGCUCGCUCUACUGCGCUGCGAUGAAUAAACAACGAGUUCACGUUCAAAGAAAGAAAAAAAAACGGGGUUUUGCCCGUUCUUCGUUGUUGUGCAAUCACACGGCUCAUGCACUACUGUUGCACGUAUGACUGGAGAAUGUGUUUUAUUAUGAGAAAUAAAUAGUUUCAUCCUCUUGGGGGACGCUC